AGCGAAGCAGAGUGAAAAUUUUCUGUCUUUACGUGCCCUUGGCCUUGGUCUUGUGUGUUUCCUCCAACAGUCUGUGUCUCGACCGAAGUAACAGCAAAUAUGUUUUCCAGAAUUUCAGUGCAGGCACUGAGAACUUUCAGUUCAACGUCUCAAAGAAAUGCCAAUGUUGCUGUUCUUGGAGCAAGUGGAGGCAUUGGCCAGCCCUUGUCCCUGCUGCUGAAACAGUCUCCCCUCAUCAGCAAGCUGUCGCUGUUUGACAUCGUCCAUACUCUUGGUGUUGCUGCCGAUUUGAGUCAUAUCGAAACUAAAGCGCAGGUAAAAGGCUUCGUUGGCACUGAGCAGCUGAAGGAUUCAUUGGUUGGCAUGGACGUGGUCAUCAUUCCGGCUGGUGUUCCCAGGAAGCCAGGCAUGACAAGAGAUGACCUCUUCAACACCAACGCAUCUAUCGUCCGCGAUCUAGUCGAUGCUUGUGCACAGGUUUGCCCAAAGGCCAUUGUCGGCAUCAUCGCCAACCCAGUCAAUUCCACGGUACCGAUCGCUGCGGAGGUGAUGAAGAAACACGGCACGUUUGAUCCGAAAAGACUGUUUGGCAUCAGCACGCUGGACAUCGCUCGUGCGAACACCUUUGUGGCCGAAGCCAAAGGUUUGGAUGUGAGCAAGGUCAACAUCCCUGUCAUAGGUGGCCAUGCUGGAGUGACGAUUAUCCCAGUGAUUUCUCAGGCAACACCAAGCGUCUCCUUCCCACAGGACGAGCUGGAGAAGCUGACAGUGCGAAUCCAGGAGGCAGGCACAGAGGUGGUAAACGCGAAGGCUGGUGCCGGAUCCGCUACUCUCUCCAUGGCAUACGCUGGUGCCAGGUUUACCAUCUCCAUGCUGAAUGCCCUCGCUGGCAAGGAGGGAGUCAUCGAGUGUGCGUAUGUGAAGUCUAGCGAGACGGAGGCAAGCUAUUUCUCCACACCACUGCUGCUCGGCAAGAACGGACUGGAAAAAAACCUAGGCUUGGGCAAGCUCUCCGAUUUUGAGCAGGAGCUGCUGAAAAAAGCUCUCCCCGAACUGAAGGGCAGCAUCAAAAAGGGGGAGGACUUUGCCCACAAGUGAAGAAUGCGUGUCCAUACCAAGUUACAUGCCCAACCUGGUCGCAACACCUCCACAUAGUUUAAGAAUUUACCGAAAUUUUAUGGCAAGAAAGCAGGCCUGUGGUUGGGCACACAUGUAUCUAUAGGAAUAACGAAAUUUUUAAAAAGCAAGUUCCACACAGUGUAGUCAGGUUGUGUUUGAGCUUAGCCGCUAUUACAUGUAAGCUGUGAAGUAUUUUUGUCCUUAAAAUGAGUUAACGAAUUUUUUAUUUGUUGUACAUUUGUUUAAUUUUCGUUAACCUAUAUCAUCAAACCUAUUUAAGUAAAUCCCGGUUUUCUUGCGGCUAUACUAUAUUUGACGUACAGUUUCAAAGUAUAUUCUGCAGAUGUGCUCCACCUUGCACCUUGUGGUUUCUAAAAUGACAUUUUUCACUACUGUUGUAGUUGUUUUAGUUGCACCAACUCGUGUCAGUGUUAAUAAAGCGUGUUUAGGUAUAAAAACAAAUAUCGGUUUACCUAUGAUACAGAAGGCACAACAUUUAUCACAGUCAUAGAUAGAUAGAUAAUGUUAAGCGUUUACAAAACUGGUUGGUAGGAAAUGAGGUGUUUAACACAUUUAGAGGGUAUAGUAGACUAGUAGUGCAUUUAGCAAGACACUGCAAGUAACUAGCAGAUAGACAAUAAGUGUUGAAUGCUGAAGUGAAUAACGAAUAUACAUGAUUGUCAUAAUAUUAUGUGAUAUUCGUGAUACAGAUACAUGUCUUCUUAGUUAUUACUGGUAUUUUAAUGGUGUGUACUAUUGAUCCAACUACAUCACAGCAAAUUAUAUAGCAUAAUAUCGUGACAAAGUUUUGCAUUCAGGGUUGCAGGCGAAAUUUAGUCAAAAUAUUAAUGGACAUUUUAUUUGAUAGAUGGUGCCUCUGGGGAGCAAUACGUGUGGUUUGUGUUUGAUCUCCUAGUUUAAAAUCUCUCGUACCGUCUAUUUGGGUAUAUGCAAGCCUCGGCUAGUCAUUUAAAGCAUCGAAUAUUAAAGGAAUUUUCGAAUAUAAUCUCGUGUUUUCCCCACUUUUACAACACUCACCGUUAUUGCUUGUGUAUCAGAGUAACGAUAAAAUGUAUUAAAACCUCCGUAGUCACCAAAA